AUGAAUAACUUCAAGUCAGAUUCGUCUCUGCCAGUAAUAGCUUCUUCAGAGCUUCCAUCUGAUGUAGCUUUCGAGAUAUUAACCCGAACAUCCUUAGAAACACUAGAUACCUGCAAAGUAGUAAGCAAAAGCUUCAUGCAAAGUUAUUGUCGUAGAACCAACAAUAUUUCAGGUUACUUCAUUCAAGGUAUAGAUAACUCCAGGUACAUUUCGGAGUUUGUUUCAAUGGACGAUUGUUCAGGAAAAAAUCCACUGUCACGCCUACCAGUUGAAGCCUUGAAACCAAAAGAUAGAUUUUUCAGCAUUUACGGUAGCAACAUAAAAAUUGAGGCAUCUUCGAAGCAAGGGAUUUUGUGUUGUGUGAGAUCAAUAAGGUACAACAAUCAUAGGUACUACAUUUGCAAACCUAGUACUAAAGAAUGGAAAGUGUUGCCGAAUCCCAAACUGAGGUAUUCGACAGUCAAAGUUGCUUUAGUGGUACUUAAAUCAAAUCCCUUGCAUUUCAAGAUUAUUCGUUUGUCAAAAGACCCACCAUUUGGUUCUAGGCAUUUGGGACCUGGCAAUUAUUGUUGUGAAAUCUUCGACUCUCAGACUAAUGCAUGGCGACAAGCAAAUAUGAUCUCGCUUUCUGAAGAUGCAUCUUUCAAGCAUCAUUUUAUACCUAUUAAUGCAAGUGGUUUAAUUUAUCUUUUGACAACUGAUGAUCAAGUAAUAGUCCUAAACUACGAUGGAGAAGAAGCGUAUCCCAGAUUUUAUCUUCCUGAACAAGUGGCUCGAAAUGAAGAUUAUACACUCAAAAAAAUAAUUUCAUAUGAAGGCAAGUUGGGAUUUAUUUGUUUGUCUCCCAGUGGAAUUUUAGAGCUUUGGUGCAUUGACAAUAGAAUAGAUCACUUUUGGAGGAAGGAACAAGAAGUUGAGACUGAAAACAUCAAGAGGGUGACGAAUUACCCAAGUCCGAUUGAUUUCUACAAUAGUGAUGUUAUUUUACUGAUGGGUUUCAACGUAUUUAUAUUUUACAAGAAACAAAAUGCAAACUUGCAUGUAGUUGAAUUGGAUAGGUUAAAUUGUCCUACUGAAAUAUUUCCUUUUUGCUCGGAUGUAGAGCCAAUUAAUUGGCCGUUCGAGCGCAAAAGAGAAAAACGGGGGCAGUGA